GGAGUAAUAAAGGAGAAGUGUUUUGGCAUCUGACGAAAGAAACAGUGUGGAGUAGCAAAAAUCUACCAGGAUUUCUGUGCAACGUGGGGAGAACAUGCCUGAAGAAUGAAGAGGUUGACGUGUGGCCCUGGACAGCACUCUUCUCACAAGGCUCUUGGCAUCUUGAUGGUCGCUGCUCAUCUUUUCUUCCUGGCAGAAACACAUUCUCUGCAUGGAGAAAGACUGGAUUUACUGGGAAGGAAUGACAAGUAUGUGUCCCUGAUCAACCACAGCAUCCCUCAGCUAUGUCAGUUCACAGUGUGCGUUGACCUAAACCGAACGGCCAACGUCAGCUCUUGGGCAGCGUUUUCCUACGACACUAACAACACCUCCACUGACAUAAAUGACAUAGAGCUCGGACUCUCAGGAGAAAACAAGCAGUUGAGACUAUAUCUUUUUGGCACCAGACGAGACAUUAAGAUCGAUCUGGCCCUUUUUGUGUGGUACAGCGUGUGCUGCUUGUGGGAUACCGGGAAACAACUGCUGGAGGUCUACUGCAAUGGUGAGCUCGUGCAUUCUGAAACCAUUGGCAGCACCGAGUGCCUGAAACCAAACGGGAGCCUGGUGCUGGGCCACCUGCACAAAAGGAAGGAUGGCUUCAUUGUGCGGAUAAGCAACAGCUUCAUUGGCAGCUUGUACUACUUCCAAAUGUGGGACCGUGUGAUGGGUCAGGAAGAGCUGCUGGACUGCGCCAUGGGCAAUACUGUCAGCUGGACGGAAGGGUACUGGAACUUCAGCAGCAUCCUUCCCGUUGUGGACCAUCACCUGCGCUGUGCAGGGUCCAGUGAAGCAUCGUCAACAAGGGCUCCUGCGCUGCCCCCACUAACUCCAACCAGUAGUACCAAUGGUACCAUCCCACUCAGCUUCUUCAACAUUCACAUGAACUUCUCUCUUUUCUACAAAACCGAGAGAGCUCCCGAUUACUACGACACAAGGAAGCUUCUUGAAAACUGGUUUAGUAUCAUAUUUACUGGAGAAGAAUUUGUUGUGACAAACUUUAAAGUCAGGGGUAAUUAUCCGCAAAGCAGUGUCUAUAAGAGGGUUCAUAGGAUAUAG